GCUAAAACUGUGUGAUUGAUCGUGAUCGUGGUGGUGGAAGACGAAGAUGAAGGGGAAAAGCCACAAGAUUGGAAAGAAGCAGAGUAGGAAGAUGAAGGGCGCGUUGACUAACAGCACCACCAGGCACUUGCAGCUUCAGCUAGGUCAAGUCUCCCUCAUUCCUCUCAACCAACCAUCUUCUACCACUUCUUCCGAUGUUUCUUGCUUCCAGAACCUUCUGCAUUCCGAACCUCCCAACACGUCUUCAUCGCGCGUUCCGCUCACCGACGAUUCCUUCGCCGACGACAGAUACUGUAUUCUCAGCCAGGACUUCUUCUGCACUCCGGAUUACAUCACUCCGGACAAUCAGCAUACUUUGAAUGGCUUUGAUUGCGAUAUGGAUACACCAUGCCCCAAAUCGCCUGAGAAGCUUAACACUACGAAGAGUAAGAGAUGUCGACCAGAUGUUAUGUCGGUUCAACCUCUCAGCCCCACCUUUUCUGGUGACCAUCAGCCAGCUGUGGAACUGGGAAAGGAUUCUGUUGACGACGAAUUUGCUUUGGAGAAAACAAUAGCAGCUGCUAAACCAAAGGGUCAGAAUUACGUGUCCCAAUCUGCAAUUGCAUUGCGUUUCCGGGUUAUGCCUCCUCCUUGCUUUAGGAACCCAUUUUUAAAAGAUGUUACAGAAAAGGAGAUUGAUUCUUUUGGAAACCAAAGAUUGAAAUGUGCAGGCCUCUUCCCUGCAAUCAGUGGUGGUGACGGGCUUUCACGCUAUCGUGCUGACUUUCAUGAAAUUGAGCAAAUUGGUGGAGGGAACUUUAGUCAUGUUUUCAAAGUAUUAAAACGACUAGAUGGAUGUUUGUAUGCUGUUAAACGGAGCAUCAGACCGUUACGCCUUGAAACAGAAAGGACAAAAGCUUUGAUGGAAGUUCAAGCUUUGGCGGCCCUAGGUUUGCAUCAGAACAUCGUGGGCUACUAUUCUUCAUGGUUUGAAAAUGAACAGCUGUACAUUCAGAUGGAGUUAUGUGAUCACAGCUUAUCUAUAAGAAAAUGCCCAGAGGCAUUUACAGAAGCACAAGUGUUAGAUGCCUUAUUUCAGGUUGCCAAUGCUCUGCGAUUUAUUCACGAGAAGGGAAUGGCUCAUCUAGAUGUGAAACCCAAUAAUAUUUAUGUGAAGAGUGGUGUUUAUAAACUCGGUGAUUUUGGAUGUGCGACUCUUCUUGAUAGUAGCCUCCCAAUUGAAGAGGGUGACGCACGUUAUAUGCCCCAGGAAAUUCUUAAUGAAAAUUAUGAUUAUCUAGACAAGGUUGAUAUCUUCUCCUUGGGAGCUUCUAUUUAUGAACUAAUCCGCAGAUUGCCUUUGCCAGAAUCAGGAUGUCAAUAUUUUAACCUCAAGGAAGGCAAGUUUCCCCUCUUGCCUGGUCAUUCCUUGCAUCUUCAAAACUUGCUCAAGGUCAUGAUGGACCCUGAUCCGGUUAAGCGGCCUUCUGCUAGAGAAUUGGUAGAAAACCCAAUUUUUUGUAAGAAGAUUCAAAGAAUUGCGUGAAGUUAACCACGAAUUAUUUUUGCUUUUGGGUUGGAUCAUACAUGAUCGGUCCUGAUUGUUUCAUGGCCAAUUUUGUGAAAUAUCUUUUUCGGAUAUAUAUAUAUAUAUAUAUGCACCAAACUUUUCUCGAGAAUGGAGCAAAAAUUGUAAAUUUAAUGGUCUAAUGAUUCAUUGGAUUGUACUACUGAUGUGCAAAUGACAAUUGGCAAAUAAAAACCUUACUUUGA